CGUUUCGUGCCUUUCCCCUUCACCUCUCCGGCGCGCCCGCCACCAACCGCGCGCCCCUCUUCUCGCCUCGCCGCCGCCGCCAUCGCCGCGCACGGAGGCGGAGCGAAGCGCGCCGCCUCGUUCUCACCGCUCCCCGACCCUCGGCAAAACCGCCGGGUACGGAAGAUUUCCGCUUCAUGACUCCAGGAAGCACAUUGGCAUCCAGCAACUCAUAUUCAGCAGAGAACAGCAUCAUCUUCUUGCUCUGCCUUUUCGCACGAUACUUGGGAAUUCCUGGCUUAAACUUUCACUUGUCCAAGGCCUUCGGUCAGAGCAGUGCAUCUUUUCCAUCCUUGGUGUAAUGUAGCUGUCACCAGCCCAUCGUCAGCUGUAUAGGAUUUUGAUCGAUGGUUUCUUCGCAGAUAUCCUCUCUGACAAUAAAGCUUGCACACGGACCUAAGACAUUUACAAGAAACAUACUUCUACCAAUGGAUCCCCCAAAUGCUUCAUCUUCUGAAAAUGCCGAGUAUGAUUUCUCUGAUGUUUUUGGUUCCAGUCCAGUCCAGAUGGCAGAAAACCUUUGUCUUCUUGGUCCAGACAGUCCUGCAGCUCCGAUUGAGUCCAAUGAGGAGGUUUAUAACGAUCCUGUUGUCAUCAUCAAGCGGUCCCAUUCUCUUGUUGGUCCAACAUCACUUGUUAGCUGUUCCUUGGGACUUGACAAGCUCACGCUAAGCAAAGCAGAGGGCUCACCAGAACCAGUAGACUGCACCACAGAAGAAAAUGAGGUGAACCUAGAGCAGCUCAGUGAUGAAGAGUUUGGUAACGCCAUGACUGAGGAUGAGGGUGUUGGGCUUGAUGACUUUGAAAUCUUAAAACUUGUAGGCCAAGGGGCAUUUGGUAAAGUCUUUCAGGUGAGAAAGAAAGGCACUUCAGAGAUAUAUGCAAUGAAAGUUAUGAGGAAAGAUAAGAUCUUGGAGAAAAACCAUUCUGAGUACAUGAAAGCUGAGAGAGAUAUACUGACAAAAGUUGACCAUCCUUUUGUAGUGCAGCUGAGGUAUUCCUUUCAGACAAAAUAUCGACUCUACCUUGUCCUGGACUUCAUAAAUGGGGGGCAUCUCUUCUUCCAGCUCUACAAGCAAGGAUUAUUUAGGGAGGAACUUGCACGAAUCUACACUGCCGAAAUUGUCUCUGCAGUAUCCCACCUCCACGCCAAUGGUAUUAUGCAUAGAGAUCUCAAGCCUGAAAACAUCCUGUUAGAUGCUGAUGGCCAUGCCAUGCUCACUGACUUCGGUCUUGCGAAAGAAUUUCGCGAGAAUACCAGAUCAAAUUCCAUAUGUGGUACUCUCGAAUAUAUGCCCCCUGAAAUUAUUCUUGGCCAGGGGCAUGACAAGGCCGCUGAUUGGUGGAGUGUUGGAAUCCUCCUGUUUGAAAUGGUGACGGGCAAGCCCCCAUUUGUCGGGAACAGGGAGAAAAUUCAGCAGAAGAUAGUGAAGGAGAAAUUGAAGCUUCCACCAUUUUUGUCUAGUGAAGCUCACUCCCUCCUUAAAGGAUUGCUCAACAAAGAUGCUGCUAAGCGGCUGGGGACCGGUCCUGGUGGCAGCGACGAGAUAAAGAAGCACAAGUGGUUCAAGCCCAUCAACUGGAGGAAGCUAGAAGCCCGGGAGAUCCAGCCGAGCUUCAGACCAAACGUUGCCGGCCUGACCUGCAUCGCCAAUUUCGAUGCAUGCUGGACGAACACCUCUGUGCUGGACUCACCCGCUGCCACCCCUGUCACUGCCGGUGGCGGGCAAGGCAAUUUUCCCGGGUUUACCUACGUCAGGCCCACGCCAUUCCUACGGGAACUGAAGCCUUCCACUUCUAGCUAGGCUGCAAGACUAGCUGAGUUCAGCAGCGAAAUAUGCGUGCAAUUUUGAUAAUAGUUUGUUAACCAUGUUGUACUGCUGCCUGUAUGAUAUCAGUUCUUUGGCCUCUUACUGAAACAGAGAAGCAAACAUCUGACAUUUUGUAUUGGCAGGUGUUAGUUGCUAGCCAAGUUAACGGGACUCAGAAAUGCAAUCUCUUAAAAUAUAUACUUCAUGGA